AUGCCAUUGGACCUGAUAAAAAAAUAUAUAUACUCACACGCAUGGUAUGGGCGGCUAGGGGUAACAUUUGAAAAGAAAAGAAAAGAAAAGAUGGUCGUGCGGAGUAGAGGGUCAUGUGAAAAGGGAAAGGGAAGGGAGUACGGUGACAGUCAGCCAAGUCUGUGUCGCUUAGCAUGGAGCAACGAGCGUGACUACCACGUAUCCCAGACCAUGAAUGCUUUGAGGUUGCGCGGGCGCCUAAACUAUCGAUUAUUGCUUAAAAUUUGCAAAGAGCUGAAAGGAGACUCAUGGACUAGUUCCAGCUACUUGGAAUCAAUUUACAAAAUCGCACUUCCUCGGGAGUGGGAGAUUUGA